GGAACAGUUUUUAAUAGUGAUAACUUGUGAUAUUUCAGUGUAUUCAUAUCUCGUUUAAAAUGGUUUCCGUUCAGACUAUAGCGACUAUAGUCGUGAAGACAUUCAAAAUUGUCUUGAACAUAAUAAUCUUAGUUCUCUACCGCACCGGUUACAAUGGAGAGUUCCUGGGGGUCGGAGGAACUUGGAACCUGAACGAGGAGAAGAAUCCUGACGCGGAGAUCGUUGCCUCAGGAGUAAUCGUGGGCUACCUCAUUUAUACGCUAGUGCAGAUCGUCACAUUCUUGUUUGGCACCACGGAGCACAAACGCGCUUUGUCUGAGAUUGUGAUGAACUUCGUCGGAGUGUUCCUAUGGAUUGCGGUGGGCGCUGUGGCAUUACACUACUGGGGAGGAUACCAGGGCGAGCACCAGUUCCAGUUUGUCUUCGCUGAGAAACAGGUUGGCCUGGCCGUUGGAGCUCUAUGCGUCAUAAAUGGAGCCAUAUAUUUAUUGGACACGGCACUUUCUGUCAUACAUUUCACAAAGGAAAUGUAUAAGAAGACACAAAACGUGGAGCUUCUAUACGAGAAUCUUGUGACCAUAUCGCCUAGUCUGAAGGAAUUUCUCAGCGAGGUGGACUUCGAAACUGACAAAAUUGCUCCAUUAACGGAUAACGUUCCGGAGUACGGCGGCGGAGCUCGUGUGGUGUGGGCCAUGACAGCCGGAGACAGGGAGGUGGAGGCCCAGGCGAAGAAGGGCGAGGAUGGAGGCGCAAGCGACCGUGACAGCCGCGCCGCUACCGCACUCAAGCAGUACUGGUGCAUAGGACUCAGGAUUAUUGAACUGAUAAUCGCCAUUAUCGCGAUCGGCCUGAUAGUGAGCCCUCUGUACUCUCAGCAUGUGGUCCAAUCUGAUCUGCGUCACAUCGCGCUCAUAUACUCCGCUUAUUCGAGUUUCAUAAUAAUAACGAGCGUUUUAAUAAUCGCCCGCUUGUUUGGCGAGACGGUCGGCUGGAGGACUUCUAUGGCGUUUUCCAUACUUGGCGCCAUUAUGUUCACGGCAGCCGCCGCGGUUAUAUUCUAUGACUGGCACAAAUCUUACUACGCGAACCUACGUCCGAACAAACAGACUUACGACCUCCUAAUCUCCUCUGGAGUGUUUGCUGUCAUCAACGUGCUCGUUUUCAUCAUCCACGCUGUAUUAACUUUCAGAAAGGAAGCCGACUAUUGAACUAAUUUCACGAACAGUUAACUAAUUUUUAAGACCGAAUGAUUGUUAAAUCUUUUGCCUAUCUUAUCCGUAAAAUUAUCUUAUAGAGAUUUCCAUAGUUUCAUUUUCUUAUAUUUUAAAAUAGUUGUUUGCUUUAUUAAUUAUUGAGUAAAUUAUAUUUUGUAUAAUUUAAUAUUUUUUUCGAUAGGUAUAUCCUUAUUUUUUUAUUGAACGUAGAGUUACUUUAAAUAAUGGCAUUCAAUAAAAUAUAGUUCUUGUCUCCUGUAAAACGAUUCGUGGUGCAUCUCACAUUCGUGGUUUUAGGUUAGAGAUAUUACCUUAUAAGGUAAGUAUGUAAUGGGUACUGCAUUAUUUGUAUUAUUUAUGCAUUAAUGUUUUAAAAUUAGAAUGAUUAAAUUAUUAUUAAUCUAUUUAAUUUAGUAUACAUAGAUUAAAUUGUUAAUAUACUUAAGUUGAAGUUGCCCACAGAUGUAGCUAUUCAAAUUAUUACUGGGGGACAUUUUUUGGGUGACAUUUUGACAACUGUCAUUGUUGUCAAGUUUUGUUACGUCAAGUAUUUUUCUACACUUCGGAAUUUAAAAUGACAAUAACUUUUAACGACGUUAUUAUUCGGCAAUUCGGCAGCUACAUUUUA